GACCCCCGCCUCGGCCGCGUGUAGCACCUCUUUUCCCGCGUGGGGCUAUGGUUAGAUUGAGGAAAUUCUGGAAUUUAACAGAAAAGAAGAAGGAUAAAUUUCUGGUUAUGCUUCGAGGGAUAACCGGGACCUCCUUAACAAGCAAAAGCUUGAUUGUUUUACUGGAAUAUUCAGAUGAAUUUUUAUUAAUAAACGUAGACUAUAAAUAGCCUCCAAUUGAGCAUACAAUGCGUUCCUAAUGAUAAAGAUAAAAUAACAUCAAGUCCUAUCCUAUUUCCAACUCCUAUCUCUGUUGGACACACCCCAAGCAGAGUCAUUAUUUGAAAAGCAACCCUAUAAACAUAAAUAAGAUAAUCAUUAAUAACUCCUAAACAAAUCCUAAACAAUCCGAUAACUUCAACAAGUUAGAACCAAUCUUGUGCAGCAGAUAACACUCAUCCAGAGCAGCCAAGAGAUAGUAACAACUGUGCUGCAUAAUCUGAGUAACAACUGUGCUGCAUAAUCUGAACUGUGCUGCACAAUCUGAUCUGAGCUGCUGUCCAAAUCCACUUCAACAAGCUGGUUCGUAACAGUUUGUUUACAACUGCAACAUCUGCAAAUUUAACCUUGAUAUUAAAUGUGCUUCACUACGGUUCAUCCCGGGAGCUGAAACUCAUGACCACCCAUUGACCCACUUCCGAAAGUUGAUCUCAUUCACUUGUGAUUUUUGUGGUAAAGAAGGCAUGGGCAUGCCUUACCUAUGUGGCAUCUGUGGAUUUUGGGUCCACUGCACAUGUGCCUCCUUACCACGCAUGCUCAAACAUAUUCGGCACAAGCACCCUCUAAAUCUUACCUACUCUCUUCAGGACAAUUACUCUAAGCACCGACUUUGCCAAGUCUGUGUCAAAAAGGUGGACACAAAUUAUGGAGUUUAUUAUUGCUCUAGUUGUGAUUACGUUGCCCACCUUGAUUGCGCUACAGACGAGAAUGGCAUAGAUGAAAAUUUUAUGCAGGAAUCUAAAGGCGAGGAGCCUACUGAGUCAUCUUAUAUUGUCAAAAAAACCAAGGUGGGAGAGGACAAAAUUAUAGUACCAAUAGAAAUCAAACAUUUGUAUCAUGAUCAUGACUUACAGCUCAUUGAUGAGCUUCAGAACUACGAAAUAUGUGACGGAUGUAUGCGGUCUAUCUUCCCUCCAUUUUAUAGUUGUACUCAGUGUAGUUUUGUUCUUCACAAAUCCUGUGCAGAAUUAUCUCAUAUAAAGCAACACCCACUUCACCAACACCCCCUCACCCUUGAACUAAGUAGACCUCAAUUCCGGUGGUAUAGAUGUCAUGCUUGUCAGUUUCAAAGUAAUGGCUUUAUCUACAACUGCCACAAAUGCGAUUUUGUCCUUGAUGUCUCAUGUAGUUUGAUCUCAGAAUUAGACACGUUAACUCACAUUGGUCAUGAGCACCCCCUAAUCUUCUCUAGCACAACUAAUGAUGAGGAGUGUAGUGCUUGUAAUUCUAAAGGAAGAAUCUUUCGUUGUACUAAAUGUGAAUUUACUUUGGAUUUUGGAUGUGCUGCAUUACCACACACCGUAAAGUACAAACAACAUGAGCACCCAUUUACCCUUAAUUAUAUUAUUGAAGAUGACUCAGGUGAAUAUUAUUGCGAUAUUUGUGAGGAAGAACGAGAUCAUCCAAAACAUUGGUUCUACUAUUGUAAAGAAUGUAGUUAUUCUGCUCAUCUCAAAUGUAUUUUUGAAAAGCCUUCGUAUUACUCAUGGGGAGACCACAGAAAUAUUAAGUUCGGGAGCACUUAUAUAUCCACCGUCCACCAACAUCCCCUUACUAUUGUUCAGGAGACUAAGGACGGCUUUCGUCAUUGUAACAGGUGUGGUAAUCCUUGCCAUGAUAUAGCCUAUGCAUGUGCCACGUGUAAUAUCAAUUUUCACGACUCGUGUGUAAGCUAA